AUGCCUAAAAACAAGGGAAAGGGCGGUAAGAACCGCAGGCGUGGAAAGAAUGACAACGAGAAUGAUAAGCGUGAGCUUAUAUUCAAGGAGGAAGGACAAGAGUAUGCGCAGGUAUCGCGUAUGCUGGGUAAUGGAAGACUAGAAGCGAGCUGCUUCGAUGGGAAUAAACGUCUUGGACAUAUACGUGGUAAGAUGAGAAAGAAGGUUUGGAUUGGAAAUGGGGAUAUCGUUCUACUCAGUUUGCGUGAAUUUGAAGAUGAGAAGGCGGAUAUAAUACACAAAUACUCACCAGAUGAGGCAAGAGCGUUGAAGCAAUACGGCGAACUGCCUAAUGAAGCACGUAUCAACGAGAAUGAAGCAUUUGGUGAUGAUGAUUUGGAGGGUGAAAUUGAAUUCGGCGAGCAGCAAGACGAACAAGGGGAUGAAGACAGUGAAGAGAGUGAAGUUGAUAUAAAUGAUCUGUAA